CGCUACAGUGGAACCCGAUGCCGUAUAGCCCUGCCUCCCUUUGAAUACUCAGGACUGCAGCAUUGUUCCUAUGGAGAUUUGAGCUAUUCAACCCCGCCCUCUCCUGAUCUAACUUGGCUCAACAGAAGCAGACAGCCGUUUCACUCCUGCUGAUUCACGCCGCGGACCGAUUCCACGGCGUCACGCUAUUUCAUUCAUUGUCCACUCGCUCAAACCCACAAGCAAUUUCGAUUACGAACUUGCGCGACAUACGUUUUUAGAAAAUUGAAUGCCAUUGAGAUAUCAUCAUGUCUGUGAUUUCGAGGCGAAGUUCUGUGGUUCCUAUCAAGAACAUCGAGCGGGAGCUCAUCUGCCCCAUAUGCAAGGAGCUGUUCACGCACCCGCUCAUCCUGCCCUGCCAGCACAGUGUCUGCCACAAGUGCGUGCGGGAGCUCCUCAUGCUGAACCAUGACGACUCCUUCGAUGCGGGCUCCGAGUGCUCCAACCCGGGCAGCCCUCGCUCCAGGGUCCCUUCCCCCAGCAUGGAGAGGCUGGACCGACUGGCGCGAUCAGGUACGUCUCGGAUGCGUCGGGCCAGUCACAACAGCCCCUUUGCGACCGGCGAUGGCACGAGAAGGGGUUCCAUCUCCUCCCCCGGCUGGAGGCGUGGCUCCGUGACCCCCAGGGUCACGACCUUCCCAUGCCCCGGCUGCCAGCACGACAUCGACCUGGGCGAGCGCGGCAUCAGCAUGCUGUUCCGGAACUUUACCCUGGAGAGCAUCGUGGAGCGUUACAGGCAGGCGGCCCGCGCCGCCACGGCCAUCGUCUGCAACAUGUGCAAGCCCCCCGCACAGCAGGAGGCCACCAAGAGCUGCAUGGACUGCAAGGCCAGCUACUGCAACGAGUGCUUCAAGCUGCACCACCCCUGGGGCACGCCCAAGGCCCAGCACGAGUAUGUGGGGCCCACCACCAACUUCAGACCCAAGGUGCUGAUGUGUCCGGAGCACGAGAUGGAGAAGGUGAACAUGUACUGUGAGGUGUGUCGGCGUCCUGUGUGCCACCUGUGCAAGCUGGGUGGAUCCCAUGCCAGCCACAAGGUCACGUCCAUGAGCAGCGCUUACAAGAUACUCAAGGAGAAGCUGGCCAAGAGUAUCCAUUACCUCAUCAGCAAAGAGGAGCAGGUCAGGACUCAGAUUACAGACCUGGAGGAGCUGAUCCACCAUACAGAGGACAACGGUCAGCUGGCUGAGAGGCAGGCCAACGAGCACUUUGAGCGUCUGUUUGAGACUCUGCAGGAGCGCAGGUCUGACAUGCUGCGCAGCAUCGAGCAGUCCCGCUCCCGCCGGCUGAGCCAGCUCCGGGGCCAGGUGGAGGAGUACCAGGGCAUGCUGGAGAACAGCGGCCUGGUGGGAUACGCCCAGGAGGUCCUGAAGGAGACGGACCAGUCCUGCUUCGUUCAGACGGCCAAGCAGCUUCACGUCAGGAUCCAGAAGGCCUGCGAGUCCCUGAGGACCUUCCACCCCGCGGCCGAGCCGUCCUUUGAUGAGUUUGUUCUGGACACGUCCAAGGAGGAGUCGCUGCUGAAGGAGAUGUGCUUCGGAGGAGUCCCCGACCCCCCGAUGAUCGACCUGUCUCAGAGCCGCGUGUACAACGAGGCCACGGUGUGCUGGCGUCUCCCGGACGACGCCCUGCCCACCGACCACCAGGUGGUGGAGUACCGGCGGCACGGGGCGGAGGAGGGGGAGGGGGGCAGCAGGCGCUGGAGCAGCACGGAGCGGGUGUACGGGACCAGCGCGGUGGUGUGUGACCUGGAGCCCGACAGUGUGUACUCCUUCAGGCUCCGCAGUUACAGGAACUCCCUCCACAGCCCAUACUGCCCCGAGGUCUCCUUCCACACGCCCCCCGCUCCUGUGUUGGGCUUCCUGUUCAACGACAAGUGUGGCUUCAGCCCGGAGCGUCUGGCGCUGAGCAGGAGGAGGGACUCUGUGGAGAGCGUUGCGGGCGUGGCCUUCCUGCUGGCCGCAGAGCGUGUGCAGACGGGCAGCUACGUGUGUCUGGACUACAUCAUUGGGGACACGGGCAUCUCUCAGGGACGCCACUACUGGGCCUUCCGCGUGGAGCCCACCUCCUACCUGGUCAAGGUGGGCGUGGCCUCCGACUCCAAGUUGCUGGAGUGGUUCCACAACCCCCGGGACACGAGCAGCCCAAGGUAUGACCAUGACAGUGGUCACGACAGUGGCAGCGAGGACACCUGCUACGACCUCACCCAGCCGUUCACCCUCCUCACGGUGGGCAUGGGCAAGAUCUUCAUCCCCAAGGCCUCCCUCACCGCCCCCCCCAACCCCACCUCCACCCCCAACGCCGCCGUCGUCGCCGGCGACCCCUGCGGUCGGGCCCUCCCCAUGCCACAGCGCAUCGGCGUGGGCCUGGACUACGAGGCUGGACGCGUGUCCUUCUACGACGGCGACACUAUGAGGUGUCUUUAUGAGCGGCAGGUGGAUUGUUCCGGAACCAUGUACCCGGCCUUCGGACUCAUGGGUAGUGGGAGAAUCCACCUGGAGGAGUUUGUCACCGCCAAGCGAUUGGUCUACAUGUGAUGGGGUGGGGAGGUCUGAUUGGUUUACAUGUGAUGGGGUGGGGAGGUUUGAUUUCUCUACAUGUGAUUGGGUGCUGGGGGGAGGGGAGGGCUGAUUGGUCUACAGGCAAGCCAAUCGUAGAUGUGAUCCCGCCCCGUUGUCAUAGGGGAGGAUGCUAUUGGCCGGCACGUAUGACUGACGGGUGUUCUCGUCCUAUGCGUGGCUCUGAUCCGCACGUCAGCUAGUAGAUCUGAUCGAGCCAAUCAGAUGUGGGGUUUACUCUUUUCGUUAACGUCAACACCAAAGUCUCCUGAUUAAUUUUUUUAAACAUCAGCCUUUUGAGCUUGUUUGUCUUGUUUUUUCACUAACUGAUUUUAUUAAGAUACGUCUUCAGUACAGAGUCUGUAGCACCAACACAGAUCCAACGAGCUCCACCCAGGAGAGGUCCUUGUAGUCACGGUUCAGUUCUCCACCUCUAGGUGCCUUUCUCAGAGAAGUGGGUCAGCAAGCAGGGUGAGCUGGCGUCUGUAAUCACCCACGAGCAGCACUGAGGAAACAGGUCACACAGCAGACACGGGGAGGGGGAGAACCCUUCUGUCACAAACACACUUCAUCUAGAUGUUGUCCGGAAACGUCUGGAUCACGCUAGCUUUUUUACUUUCAAACUGUAGUUCACACUUCACUCUUGCACAUUAUUUUUUAUUUUUUUUACUUAUGCUCACAAAUAUGUCAGUGGCAUCUUCAGCAGACACUUCAAACACAAGUUUCUCACUACCAUCACACAGACACAUACACCUCGCACAGGUUGGUAGCCAUCUUGGAUCCAGGCGGCCAUCUUGGAUCCAAUCACUGCCCAGCACUGAAUGUUAUAGUUUUAUGUUUAUAGGCUUUGUUUUAUUUUGCACAACGAAUGUACACCUUCAGAUUUCACUCAGACAGGGUCACCCAGUCUCACCAAGUGCUGCUCCCUGGUCUCUAGCAGAGCUCAGAUGCUGUCCAUCCACACUUCCUGUCCCCUGCGUUCGGCUGCAGGACGGUUGCACGCCACCGAUGCUAAGCUGGCUACAGCUAACAGCUGUAGACGUUACGUAACUUGUUGACCUGCUUGAAACUUAAGAUCAGAUCAGAGCUUUUAAAGCUGGCAAGGGCGACCCGGGUCCCUCCUGGUCACUGAUCCUGGGUUUCUGGAACAAGUUAUCUUUCUCUCUCUGUGUCUUCUUAUUGAGGGAAACGGUUAUCUCUGUGUGUGUGUGUGUGUGGUUUCUCAGGUCUCUGGCUCUCUGGGCCUCAUACUACCUACCUCCAACUAUCCCUGGUAACCCUGCACACCCGCUCCCUCAGUCUGGUAUGGUUUGCGUCGUUCUUGUAGCUUUAAACAUCAUGAUUUCCUGUAUUAUACAUCAACCUUUCAAGAUGCUCCGUGUCUGAUGACAAGCUGACAUUUCAACCUGAUUUAAGGUCAAUUUAAAUGUCAUGUACAUAGCUGUAGCGUGAUGUACCUUCUGUCUGACGCUGUGCAUCUGUAGUGUUACUCAGUGAGUUUGUGUUUGCGGUGAACUUUGUCGGACUUCAAGGCUAAGGACUUGAUACUUUUUGGUUGGCAUCGGUGGAUUAAUGAUAAAACAUAGUAAUCGUACGUUGUUGGAGUGAUCAUGUGUGACUGUAAACCAAGGGAGAGUUAGAAAACGGCUCAUGAUAUUGCCCUCUCUUUCUCUGUUUUUCCAUUUGGGUGUUCUAUCAUUUUGUGUUGCAUUUUUGAGUUUUUGUGGGAAAGUAAAUGACUAGUUUUACAGUUCUUUUUUUGUUUAGUUUUGUUUUGCUUCACAAUGGGUGUGUAUAAUUAUGUCUUUAGGAGUUGUUUAUUGUUUCUACCAGUACACUGAACUUGGCUCUGUUACUGUUCCUAUCAAACUGACUGUUGAAACACCUUAAAACAAGUCUAUGUACUUCUUUCUAGCUGGUUGUUUUAUGUACCUAUAUCACAGAAUGUAUUGUUUAUAUGUAGGGACAAACAAACCGAAUGUCUUGUCAUCUGGGCGUUUUUUGUAACGUUAAUUUUUUUUGCUCGUUCAGUAUCCCGAGAUCCUGAAAUCACGUGGGAAAAGCUGCGGCUCUGUAUCUUGACAGUCCUUUGGUAGAGAAACAAAACUAGCGCUUCUUACGGCAGCAUGGCCUUGCUGAGCGGAUGGAGGAGAAGGUCUCAGUAGUGAAAAGUAAAAACCAAAAUUUUGCAGGCUCUCAAGCUAAUCAAUCAAUCAAGCACUUUAACCCAUAGCAUGUGAAGCCUCAGGGCUCUACUAGUGUGUGUGUGUGUGUGUGUGUGUGUGUGUGUGUUUGGUGUGCAAUAUUAGACUGCAUUACAGGCUGUGUAGGGUUGUGUCGUUCGGAGGACCGGGAGGGAAAAUGUAACGUGUUUUCAGUGAGUGACGCUCAUACGACUGUGAAAGACGGUGCUGUAACGCUGUACUAUACGCUCAUGUCUUUAUUUGCUGUUCUGGGAUUUCUAUGAAAUAAAAUGGUAGUGUUUUUAACAACUUAA